CAAAUUGGAAAGAACGAUGAAGAAAGUUGUGUGUAUUUGUUAUGUUGUUUAUUCAUUUUUGAAGAUUUAUAUUUAUGGUGCUUUUGCACUUUUAAGACAAAUGCUGCAGACACAUAAAAAAGAAGAACAGCGCCUGCAUACAGGGUAUGUUGCCAUAGUAACAGGGGGAUCAGCAGGGAUAGGAUUUGAAGUGUCUCGUGGUUUAGUCUCUAAAAAUGUACAUGUUGUGAUAGGAUCAAGAUGUUCAGAAGAAGGAAAGCAAGCUGUAGCCAAGAUAAGAGAAGAAUACCCAAAUGCUAAGGUGGAUUGGUUGCACAUAGAUCUCACAUCAUUGAAGUCUGUUAGAGAGUUUACAGACAGUUUUCUAGCAAUGGGGUUGCCAUUAAAUAUCCUAAUUAACAAUGCUGGAAUAAUGUUUGCUCCAUACCAAGAGACAGAUGAUGGAUUAGAAGAACAUUUUCAAGUCAAUUACCUAAGUCACUUCUACCUCACAUUACUGCUAUUAGAUGUGUUAAAGAAAACAGGGACAGACAACUCUUACUCUAGAAUUGUAAAUGUAUCAUCAGUAGUACAUAAACUGGGAAACUUAGAUAUCGACAGACUUUGUUCAAGGUUUGAAAAUUCAUGGGAGUAUUCACCUCAUGCAGCAUAUUCAGAUUCCAAACUAGCUGUUACUGUCUCAUCAUUCAUGCUAGGAAGGAAACUAAAUGAUGAAAAUUGUAAAGUAACAGCCAAUGUCCUUCAUCCAGGAGUGGUUAAGACAAGCUUAUACAGACAUGUACAUUGGAGUAUAAAAUGGUUCUUAGACAUUGUUGCCAUACUUUUAUACGAGACUCCAGAAAUGGCAGCAGAUACAGUUCUAUAUUUAGCAUUAUCACCAAGUGUAGAGGGAGACACUGGCAGUUACUAUGACAACUGUGUUAAAAACAAACCACAUGACAGUGCACAAGACAGACUAUUACAGGAAAAAUUAUGGCAUAGAUCAUGUGAAAUUAUUGAACAUUUGACAGAAAAUGAAUUUAAACACAAAUGAUAAUUCAUUAUCAGCAAUUAUAUCUUGAACCAUG